AUGACAGUUAUGAAAGCGCCUGAAAGUGUGGUUCGGUCAAGCCACCAGGUCCCCAUCCUUGUUAUGCUGGACUCUGAACGACAGUUUGUGGUCGAGGUGGACGCCUCCGAUGUGGGAGUCGGGGCCGUCUUGUCCCAGACGGCUGCUUCCGAUCAGAAGCUUCAUCCCUGUGCCUUCUUCUCCAGACGUCUGACCCCAGCUGGGAGGAAUUACGGAAACAGGGAGCUUUUAGCUGUCAAGUUGGCCUUGGAGGAGUGGCGACACUGGUUUGAAGGGACCAAGCUGCCGUUCUUGGUGUGGACUGACCAUAAAAACCUCGCCACCCAUGGAUCCAACGGACCAGGGAGGUUGUUCAGCGCCGGAGAUAGAGACGGUCCUCUGCUGCAUGACGUCCCAACACCCGUCGUCCUGGUCCAAACAACUCCUGUGGUGUCCACAAUGUCCGCCACUGUGCCACCUGUCUGUGGCUCCUCUGCCGCUGUCUGUUCAGGCACAAGCUGCCUUGUGCCUCCCAGUAACUUUAAUGAAAUGCUGAGCCUGGUGUUGAGCGUGGUGCUCACUGUGAUGCUGGCUUUGGUUAUGUUCUCCAUGGGCUGCACUGUGGAUGCUAAAAAGCUGUUGGGACACAUCAAGAGACCCUGGGGCAUCAUAAUUGGUUUCCUCUGCCAGUUCGGCAUCAUGCCUUUCACAGCAUUUGCCUUGGCGUUGGCCUUUGAUGUGCUGCCCGUGCAGGCUGUCGCCAUCAUCAUCAUGGGCUGCUGUCCUGGAGGCUCCGGGUCCAACAUUAUCUGCUACUGGCUGGAUGGAGACAUGGACCUUAGUAUCAGCAUGACUGCCUGUUCCUCCAUCUUAGCCUUGGGGAUGAUGCCUCUCUGUCUGCUGAUUUACACCACCACCUGGGUUGAUUCUGGCAGCAUCAAGAUCCCAUUUGACAGUAUUGCUAUCACUCUCGUGGGUCUUCUUGUUCCUAUUGCCUUGGGGAUGUAUUUUAAAACCAGGUGGCCCCGCAUAGCAAAGAAGAUCCUCAAGGUGGGGUCCAUUGCAGGCUUUGCUCUCAUACUCAUCAUCGCUGUGGUUGGAGGAAUCCUGUACCAGUCCUCCUGGAUUAUUGCUCCUGCUCUAUGGAUUAUCGGCACAAUCUACCCUUUUAUUGGUUUCAGCCUGGGGUUCCUCCUGGCACGCUUUACGGGUCAACCCUGGCACAGAUGUCGAACCAUUGCACUGGAGACAGGUUUCCAGAACUCCCAGUUGUGCAGCACCAUCAUCCAGUUAUCCUUCAGCUCAUCUGAACUGGAAGUCAUGUUUUCUUUCCCCCUCAUCUACAGCAUCUUUCAGCUGGUGGCGGCAGUCUCGUCUGUUGGAAGCUACCGGCUAUAUAAACGGUUCUGCAGCCGUGGUUUAGCAGAUGCAGACAGUGAGGAUCCACCAUUGGAAGCUGAUGAUGCAGAUCCAACCAAAGAGAAGGAGUAUGCUUUGGAAAAUGGCGGCUUUGAGUUUGAUGGGAAUGACAACAGCAAGGAGAAGGGUAAGGGCAACACCAGGCUGUGACAGUGACACCUCUGCAGAUCACAGUCUUUGGACUGUCAGUAUGAACACACGCGGAGCCUCAGCACGACUGAAGACAGCUGUCCACAUCAGCUGUGAACACACACUGCACCCUGCAGGCGAGAGGUGUGCAAACUUUAUUCGGAGUCAGAAAGCGUGUUAGGCCCUGUGCUGAUUUGAUUAAAACACUUUCAAUC